AUGGCUCUUCCGAUGAUACGCAUCGAGGAGGCGAACCAGCUAUUGGACUUUUCGAAAAAAUUAGAUAUUGACCUGCUGGACAACAUCGUAUCAUGUCUGUACAACAGCACCGGCGAGCAGUUGCGGCUUGCUCAAACCGUUUUGACGACAUUGAAGGAACACCCGGAUGCGUGGACACGUGUCGACAGCAUAUUGGAGUUCUCACAGAAUCAGCAAACGAAGUUUUACGCGCUGCAGAUUCUGGAAGAAGUGAUCAAGACGCGCUGGAAAAUUCUGCCCCGUAACCAGUGCGAAGGCAUCAAGAAGUACGUGGUGGGGCUAAUCAUCAAAACGUCACAGGACCCCGCAAUGAUGGAAGCGAACAAGGUGUACCUGAACAAGUUGAACAUCAUCCUGGUGCAGAUACUGAAGCGCGAGUGGCCAAACAAUUGGGAAACGUUCAUCAGUGACAUCGUUGGUGCUUCGAAAACGAACGAAACGUUGUGCCAGAACAAUAUGAUCAUCUUGAAGUUGUUAAGCGAAGAGGUUUUCGAUUUCUGUUCCGGCCAGAUUACGCAAACGAAGGCAAAGCAUCUGAAGGAUACGAUGUGCUCCGAGUUUGCGCAAGUCUUUACUCUGUGCCAGUUCGUGCUGGAAAACUCACUGAAUGCACCCCUCAUCUCUGCGACGCUGCAGACGCUGCUAAAGUUUCUCAACUGGAUUCCGCUCGGGUAUAUCUUUGAGACGAAGCUCAUCGAUAUGCUGGUGUGUCGCUUCCUGACGAUACCGAUGUUCCGCAACAUUACGAUCAUGUGCCUGUCGGAGAUCGCGGGCCUACAACUGGCGAGCUACGAUCACGUGUUCAUUGCCUUAUUCAAGCAGACCAUGGAACAAUUUGAUACGAUGAUUCCACCAAACACGAACAUGAACCAGAUCUACAUGAACGGGUCGGACGAUGAGCAGUGCUUCGUGCAGAACCUGGCCAUGUUCCUGUGCACAUUCCUACGAGUACACGCGACGCUGGUCGAGAAGCGCGACACGAUGGAAGUGGUCCUGAAGGCGCUAGACUAUCUGGUGAUGAUCUCCGAGGUUGAAGAUGUGGAAAUUUUCAAAAUAUGCCUAGAGUAUUGGAACAGUUUGACCGGUGAAUUGUACAAGGAGGCACACACCUCCAGCCAGCGGCGUACUUUUUACCAUAAGAUCCUGUCGAAGGUGCGCUACAUUAUGAUUUCGCGCAUGGCCAAACCGGAGGAAGUGUUGGUAGUGGAGAACGAGAAUGGUGAAGUCGUGCGAGAGUUCAUGAAGGACACAAAUAGUAUUAAUCUGUACAAGAAUAUGCGCGAAACACUGGUCUACCUGACGCAUCUCGACUAUGCAGAUACGGAGCGCAUCAUGACGGACAAGCUGAACAACCAGGUGAAUGGUAGCGAGUUCUCGUGGAAGAACCUAAAUACUCUCUGCUGGGCGAUAGGUUCCAUCUCGGGAGCAUUCUUCGAGGAUGAUGAGAAGCGUUUCCUCGUCACGGUCAUCAAGGAGCUGCUAGGACUUUGUGAGCACAAGAAAGGUAAAGAUAACAAGGCCAUCAUUGCGUCUAACAUCAUGUACGUAGUUGGACAGUAUCCACGCUUUUUGCGGGCUCACUGGAAGUUCCUCAAGACAGUCGUGAACAAACUGUUUGAGUUCAUGCACGAAACGCACGAUGGUGUACAGGAUAUGGCCUGUGAUACUUUUAUCAAGAUAGCGCUCAAAUGCCGCAGGCACUUUGUGCAGCUACAACCAAAUGAAUCCUGUACCUUUAUCGAAGAAAUACUGGCCACGAUGAGCAGCAUCAUCUGCGAUCUUCAACCACAGCAGGUUCAUACGUUUUAUGAAGCGGUCGGUUACAUGAUCUCUGCUCAGGCCGACCAGGUGCAGCAGGAUAUUCUGAUCGAAAAGUAUAUGAUGCUGCCGAAUCAGGUUUGGGAUGAUAUCAUCUCGCAAGCGACCAAGAACGUUGACAUCCUAAAAGAUAUGGGCGCUGUGAAACAGCUAGGCAGCAUACUUAAAACGAACGUGCGCGCAUGUAAAGCUCUGGGCCAUUCGUACGUGUCACAGCUUGGGCGCAUCUAUCUCGACAUGUUGAACGUGUACAAGAUUAUGUCAGAGAACAUUACACAGGCAAUAUCGCUGAACGGACUGUCGAUAAACAAUCAGCCACUGAUCAAGGCGAUGCAUGUCGUUAAGAAGGAAACUCUCACGCUCAUCUCCGAGUGGGUAUGGAAGUCGAACGAUGCGAAAAUGGUAAUGGAAAACUUCAUUCCACCCCUGCUGGAGGCAGUACUGUUUGACUAUCAGCGUACUAAGGUUCCAAAUGCACGUGAACCGCUAGUUCUAAGCACAAUGGCAUCGAUUGUAAAUCGGCUACAGGCUGUCAUCACGCCGGAGAUACCAAAAAUCUUUGACGCUCUGUUUGAUUGCACGCUUGAUAUGAUCAACAAAAAUUUCGAAGACUACCCCCAGCAUCGUACGAAUUUCUACGAACUGCUCCAAGCGGUUAACAUGUACUGCUUCAAAGCGUUCCUCAGCAUUCCGCCCGAACAGUUUAAGCUUGUGUUCGAUUCAAUCGUAUGGGCGUUCAAGCACACUAUGCGAAAUGUGGCCGAUACCGGGUUGAACAUACUGAUGCAGAUGCUUCAAAAUCUCGAACAGCACCCCCAGGCAGCGCAAAGCUUCUAUCAGACGUAUUACACCGACAUACUGAUGCAGAUCUUCUCAGUCGUAACUGACACGUCACAUACGGCAAGUUUGCAGAAUCAUGCAACAAUUUUGGCGUACAUGUUCUCACUGGUGGAGGCGGGACGUAUCACGGUGAAGUUGGGCCCUUCGGACGACAACGUACUGAAUAUUCAGGAGUAUGUGGCAAUGUUGCUCAAGUCCGCCUUUAGCCACUUGACUGGUAAUCAGAUAAAGAUUUUCGUCACUGGCCUGUUCAAUCUCGAUCAGGAUGUGCACGCAUUUAAGGAGCAUUUACGGGAUUUCCUAAUUCAAAUUAAAGAGGUGACCGGGGAAGACGAUUCGGACUUGUACCUGGAAGAACGGGAGAACGAGCUAAAAAAGAUACAGGAAGAAAAGCGACGUAUGCUGAUGACGGUUCCAGGCAUGAUGAAUCCACACGAAAUGCCGGAGGAUAUGCAGGAUGAGUAG